AUGCCGCGUAAACCAUGUUAUUGGACUCGAAAAUUAGAAUUGGAAUUGGUUGAAUUUGUGCGCCAGAGAGACUUCAUUUGGAAACCAUUCGGAAAUACUAAUCAUCAGAUUCAGCAAAAAUAUAAGGCUUACGCAGAGUUUGCUGCAAAGUUGGGUCGCGGUUUUACUGCAAGAUCAGUUAGAGACCGCUGGGUGAACAUUCGAAGUACAUUCAAUCAUAAUCUUCGCCGUGUAGAUAAAUCUAAAGAAGUGGCAAGGUCUCCUGCAGAAGUGUACAUACCUUGCUGGCCAUUAUGGAAACCUUUGCAGUUCUUACGAGAAGUCUCUCGAAAGGAAGAUCAAAGUAAUUAUGAGGGGUAUCCAUUACUGCAGUCAGAAAUAAACGAGCAACAGAACAAUCUAACAGUAAAGGAAGAGUUAGAAUCUGAUAUUGAUGAUAUACAGCUCGGUAUUAGACAACGCGGCAAAAGGACAGACAGGCCACGUCGUCGAUUUAAAUCGCCAUUAAAGAAAAUUAAGAAAGGGAGCAAAUGUAUCAGGUUUAUAGAUGACCUUGUUCAGGCUGUGAAACCCAUUUCGUCAGAGACAUCUGCCGAUUAUGUGCAGUUUUGGUUUUUUGGUCGGCACGUCACUGAAAGACUUAAUGCCAUGAGGGAGAUUGACGCAUCGUGUGCAAGUCGCGACAUCCUGGCCUUUUUAGAAGAAUGUAAAGAUAUAAACGGGGUAGAUGUUAAGAAUGAUCCAGAAGUUUCUGAAUGA